CAAUUACUUUAACUAAUUGCAGUCACCAUUAAACCCGUUCUUGAAAGAACUUGUAAUUCAAUCUUUGAAUAAUACAACUAGCUUUAACAUUCACUAUCAGUUGCCAGACCUGAAUAGAGCUCAUUGUAGUUGGUUCUUUCUUACUCGUGUGCAUGUCCAUAUAUAUCUACAUAAAAUUGAACAUCUUGAUCCCACCAAAUUUGUUCGAUCCUUUUAGUAUUGUUUCGGUUUCAUCGGAGAACAUUAAUAAUUUGUUUUGCGCUGUGCUGAAAAAAACAACUUUCAUAGGGACUCAAGCUGGCUGUGGAUGUCAUAGUCAAUUGGCGCCACCAAUGUUUCGGAAGCUAUUGGCAUAUCGAAAAUUCUCAACGUACCGCCAUAAAAACAAAGAACAAACCGUCCCUCUCACAAAACUUCACAUGGUGGGACCUCCUGCUAAAUCCCUGGGGCAUGGUGCCCAGUUUCAUGUGACACAAGUGGUGUUUGUCUUUGUGUUUUAAGCGGUACGUGUAGCAUUACUCUUGGGAAUCUCAAUCAUGCAGUAUCUUUACACUGCCUGGCUGCGCGCUUGUUGAAUACUGAAUCUUAUAACUGGACGUUUGUAUCUGUAGAGAGAUUAUGCAGGCUUAAUGCAAAAGGAUGUCAAGUACCCAGGUUACGGUUAACGGCCCUGGACACCUGGUUCAAUUAGAAGACGCCAGAUAGAUGAGAAGAAGUUAUUAGUCUGAAAUUAGUGCAACUAAAUUUCUAACCAAUCAGACAAAGAAACAGAUUUUGCAAAAGCAUUCUCCAUAAUCUGCCCCAUUAUGAUGUUUUAUGGCAUUGGGGAAGAUUAUGCUCUCUUCACAGAUUUAGCAAAACUAUUUCCUUUGCUUAAGAUACAUGAAUGGAACCUAUUGGAAUGGAAUACUUUCCUAUGCCAAGAGGCUGGUGCAACCAGAAAACCUUUGCACCGUUUAAAGAUACCCAUUGGUUUGUUGGACAGAGUAGGAAGGUGACUGCCGCUUUCUCAUCCUCUUUAUCUCCUAUACUUGAGAUGCUGUCAAAACUAACAAGACCAGAUGAGUUUGAUUUCUCGGCGAAACCAAUCGUCAAACUUGAAUAAAUUGCCGUACUAAAAUUCCACCUACGCAGAUCUAUAAAUACCACUUCACUCUAAAAGUCAUCAUUUCUUCCCAUUUCCAUACAUCUGAACUCUGUCUAUAGAACUCCGCAGAAGAAAUUCAGGUCUUGUUGUUGUUGCAAAUGGAGGCUGUUUCAAUUCCCGUGAUCGAUCUCCAGAAAUUCCCAGGGCAGUCUGCAAAGAUUUUAGAAGCAUGUAAAAAGUGGGGAUGUUUUAGGAUAAUCAACCACGGCAUACCUGAUAAAUUAAUGUCAGAUAUGAAACAGGUUGUUCGUUUGCUAUUUGAUCGACCGCUUGAAAUCAAACGGCGGAAUACUGAUGUGAUCGAGGGGAGUGGAUAUAGGGCCCCGAAUGAGAAAAAUCCUCUAUAUGAAGCAUUGGGUCUGUAUGAUAUGGGAUCUUCCAAUGCUGUUGAAACCUUCUGCACUCAGCUGGAUGCAUCCCCGCAGCAAAGACAAGUUAUAAAGGCAUACUCGACUGCUUCACAUGAGUUGAUAAUGGAAUUGUGCGGAAUGCUAGCAGAGAGUAUGGGCUUGACAAAUGAUUUGGCCAAGGGAUGGCCUUGUCAGUUCAGGAUUAACAAAUAUAACUUCACACAAGAAAGUAUAGGUUCCUCUGGGGUCCAGAUUCACACAGACUCUGGCUUCCUCACUGUACUUCAAGAAGAUGAUUGUGUUGGUGGUCUUGAAGUCAUGAAUAAAUCAUCCGGUGAAUAUAUAGCUGUUGAUCCUUUACCAAGAUCAUUAUGUGUUAAUCUCGGAGACAUGGCAACGGUGUGGAGUAAUGGUGCCUUUUGCAAUGUAAGGCACAGUGUGCAGUGCAAGCAAGCGGCAAUACGUAUUUCAAUUGCUCUUUUUCUACUUGGACCCAAGGAAGCAAUGGUGGAGGCUCCACAGGUGUUUGUUGACUCGAACCAUCCUCGUCUCUACAAGCCGUUUACCUACGAAGAUCUCAGGAAGCUUAAAAUCUCUACUGGAUUGCAUGCUGGUGAAGCCCUAGAGCUCAAGGACGGACCCAGGAAGGCUAAAUUUCCUUGUAAGGCCCGGGCUAGAAGCCUUGGUGGAGUAGAAUUUUUCUUUUUGGCUUGUGGACUGGGAGGACUACUCGGGCUAAAGCCCCCUUUAGCCCAGCUGUAGGUCCGUCAGUGCUAGAGCUUAUGCGCCUUGAAACUGGUGAUUGAUCGUAUACCCUGGGAAAUGAUCUACAUAACAUUGACAGAAUGAAGGAUUCUAUUUCAAUAACUUUAGAAAUAUUGAGAUUGGUCGUUGUUUAAGACCCCUAAAUUAAAUACAAGACAGACAUCUACCGUUACUGGUCUAAGUAUGUUAUUAUUAUCUUAUGAAAUUUAAAUGUUACCGGGA